AUGGCGGAUCUCAUGCACAUCGUUGACAAGCUCCGUGAGGCUGCCGUGCAGGCGAAACGUGAAUGUAACGGCCAAAUAGAACAGACCCUCACCAGAAUGUCCAAGAAAAUCAAGGAUGACAUAACAACCCAAAGAGAUAAACAAUUGCAACUACGGAAACAAAUAAUCGAACAUGAGGAGAAGGACCACCUGACUCAGAAGAAACAGUUGGAAGACAACAUUAAACAGUUCGAGCGUCUAAAACGUUCUCUAAUAGAGCUAUUGGAGACGCAUAAAGCCAAACAAAAGGAAUUCGAUGAGAGGAUAGGAAAGCUCAUGGCCAAGCAUAAUCGAAUGAAAGUCAAAAGGGAUAAAGCGGCGACAACUGAAAUGGCUGAACUUUGCACCAAACUAGAGAAAAAACUAGCACAGAAAAUGAAUCACUGCAAAUGUUUAAUGCUACGAGAUGAUGAGACGCUAGUGAAAAUACAUCACAUGCUCACGGGUUAUGACUCAUAG